AUGGAUGUCACUUCUUCUCUUGUUUUCCACGCUCUUUCCACCCCGUCUGAAGAGGCAGCACUGACCGCAACAAACAUUCAAGCUUCUGACCAAAUGGAAGCCUCAUCUGUGGAGCCUGCAGUUACGGAGCCUGCCAUGUCUACCACUAGCACUAGUCGCACUCCGCAGGUAUCCAAGCGAAAGAAGGCGGAAAACGCACCAAAGCAGACCCGCCGCAAGCGCAACGAGCCUGAGCCAGAGUGGUCAGAGUUGGUCCGCAAGAAACAGCACCAAGACCAGGCACGAAGUACUCGCUGCCGUCAGGCGUGCGACAGAUGCAAGAUGCGAAAGGCUCGCUGUGACCUCGGAGGCGACCAGGCUGAUGGCUCUUGUCUGGGAUGCUGGGUAGACGGCAUUCCGUGCAAGGUCACUGACCGGGUCACCAACGAAACCUUCAUUCGUGGUGAAGCCGGUCAGCUGAGGCGCGAGCUUGCAGCCGCACAGGAAGAGCUUGUUCAAACUUCUCAGCGACUUGAGACUGCACUGGAAAAUAAUCGGUACCUGCAGGAGGAAAACACGGCCUUGAUGCUGGAAAUCCAUCGAAUGAACCACCCGGGGGCAGCCAGUGAAGUCCAUCAUCAUGGGUUCACUCGUGCUAGUUUCCCAAAUCCGAGCCUGGGUGAGAGCCCUUUCAACAACCCCGAGUAG